UGUUCCAGAUAAAAAGCCCUUUGAAAAAUGCAACAAUGAGUAUAUUAAUUUUAGCGGGAUUGUUCCUGGAGGAAUUUAUACAGACUUACAUAAGAAUAAUAUAAUAGAGAACAAUCUGUUUGGAAAAAAUGAUAUUAAUAAUCGUUGGGUUGGAAAUCAAUCGGUGAUUUAUACUAAAAAUUUUAGUGCGAGUGAUAAUUUUCUAAAAGCUCGUAAAAUAGUUUUGGUUUUUCACGGGAUUGACACAUUUGCCAAUGUUUCUUUAAACGAUCAUGUGAUUGGAGAGACUUCAAAUAUGUUCUUAAGAUAUAUUUUUGACGUGACGGAUUUCAUCAAGAAGGGACAGAAUCUACUGAAAGUCACAUUUCGCUCGGCUGUUAAAGUAGCCAAAGAUUUAUACAAUGAACAGGAAAAACAUUACGUUGUACCACCAGUGUGUGUACCUAAAAAUUAUAAUGGACAAUGCCACAUAAAUCACAUUCGUAAAAUGCAAGCCAGUUUUUCAUGGGAUUGGGGACCUGCUUUUCCCUCAAUUGGCAUAUGGAGAGAUGUUGAAUUGAUUCCCGUAAACGAUAUAUUGAUUAAUGACAUUACGGCUGAUAUACGUAAAGAGAAUAACGCCUGGAGCAUCUUUGUUACAAUAUUUCUCGAGGCAACGCAGAGUAAAGACGAAGAAUUCACAAGGAUCAGUUGUCAUGUGACGUCGAUAUUGCAUAUUUCAGAGAGUAAACUUAUUAGCAAUACCAGCGAGAUUGUACUUGACGCAAAUAGGAAGUAUAUAAAUGUUAACAUUUCACUCAUCGUGCCU